AUGAAAACGUCGGUCUUCACGGCUACCCUCCUGGCCCUCACUGUCGCCCUCUCCACCUCGGUGGUCCCCGUCGUCCAAGGUGCCACAAACCAACAAACUAUGGAGCGCCAAGUCGCUUCUACCCAUGGCAGUCAGCACGCUGGACCCGGGUGCCGGACCAGGGAUAGGGUUUAUUUGCCAGACAUGCAGAGCUUCUUGAUCAAGACCCCGUUGAGCUAUGAGGAGGCUGUCCAAGCGUGUGAGGCGUGUGGGUCGGAACUGGUGCUUGUCGAUGGGACGAAUGUCGAUCGAUUCCAGGAGGCGUUUAGUUCUUUGGGGUUGUUUUCUGAUCAGCGGUUCUGGAUCAAGAGCUGGUUUGGCGAGCAGGUGCAGAGACAGGGAGACUGUCCUGCGACGUAUAUCAACCCUGUCAUGGGCAACCGUCUCGAACCUGUCGAGGACAAUUGCAAUACUCGCUUCUUUGCGCUCUGCUACUAA